CUGAUGCCGAUUUAUAGUGCUUCUUUUAAUAGAAAUUGGUAUAGUCUACUUAUGUAGACUUAUGUGUCCCCUGCCUUGUCGUUUGAGGUGUCCUCUGCCUUGUCGUUUGAGGUGUCCUCUGCCUUGUUGUUUGAGAUGUCAUCUGCCUUGUCGUUUGAGGUGAUCUCUGCCUUGUCGUUUGAGGUGUCCUCUGCCUUGUCGUUUGAGGUGUCCUCUGCCUUGCCGUUUGAGGUGUUCUCUGCCUUGUCGUUUGAGGUGUCCUCUACUUUGUCGUUUGUAGUGUCCUCUGUCUUGUCGUUUGAGGUGUCCUCUGCCUUGUCAUUUCAGGUGUCCUCUGUCUUGUCUUUUGAGGUGUCCCUGCCUUGUGGUUUGAGAAUGUCUGACGUUAAAAAGAGGCGUUAAAUCAAUAAUCAAAGUGUGUAAGAAGUCACGGAGACAAGAAAAGAAACUAUCCAAACUAUUGACUGUCACCCUGUUGGUAACCAGGGACGCUUCAAUAGGGCCGUGGUGGGUCGCUAGGUGAGAGUGUCCCACAGAUUUCCCCCUGUUAUUAUAAGGGUUUGAUUGAUUGUCGCGUUAACGCUCCCCGCACAAGGAACAUAAAUACGGGUGACGGUGAAGGGCGGAUCGUUGUCAGUGUCAGGCAAAAGGUGACAUUUUAGGAUUCAUGCUUCGUGUUGGGACGUUUGUAAAGCGGAAAUGUUCUAUCAGCAAACCGUACGUAUACUUAAUGUAAUAUAAUGCAGUGAUACUGAAAUUAAGUACGUACGUCGGUUGCUUCUGAACAUAUACCGAGACAAACAGAAAGGUUCGAAAUCGGCAUCUGUGGUAUUUGUAGCAUCUGACAAUUCACCCAAUUCUUGGACUGAGAUUUAACACACCAAUAACACAAACACCCUGAACAGAGGGUCUGAGGGCGUUAUGGGUCUCGAUCUGACUUUGUUUGUUGGCACAAUAGACCCGAACCUCAUCUGCAGCAUCUGCAGCCAAGUGUUCGUGAACCCCGUGUCAAACUCCUGUCAUCACAUCUUCUGUCAGUCGUGCAUCAGGAGGCGCAGCAAGUCCAGGACGUCUCGAUACUGUCCGGAAUGCUCAACCAAGCUCCACGCAGAGUCCUCAGAGGUAUCGGUGGAGCUAAAACUGAAGCUGUUGAGGUUGAGAAUCAAGUGUAACCAUGGGUGUGGCAUUGUUUGCGAGCUAGCGGAUCUUCCCGACCACGUGGCUGAUGUGUGUCCUAACGCUCCUGUUUCUUGUCCUUACAAGAACGUUGGAUGUUGUAAGACUGUGAAGAGGUGCGAGGCGAGUAUUCAUGCUGAGGAGUGCUAUCACAGAUUUGUGGACUGCGAGGCUUGUGGGUUCCGAAUUCAGUACUGUGACCUCUUCACCCACCAAAGCAAGACGCGAUGCCUGGAGAAGAAGCUGAGACAACAGGUUGCGCGGGCAGCGAAAUCAACCAACCUGGAGGUCCGGCGUCACCGAGACUACGUUCUACGUCAACAUUUUCAACUUGAACGACAUCAACGACAAGCGGUCAUGAGCCAUUUCAGAUCCAAGCAACAAAGCUACUUGGACAGUGUACGUUCUAAACACAAUGACGACACCAGCGAUGACAUGUUCUCCGACUCCUCUCCACGACCAAAGGAUUCAGUUGCAGAAAACCAGUCUCUAGUUCUUAGUUUUGGCAAAUCUCCUAGGCCGUCACACGCAGGGCAGAAUGUCUUCACGUGUAAAAAUUGCAAGAAACCAUUCAGAGAAGCGGGCAACCAUAGUAUGGCAUGUACCUACCACGCAGGGCCAGUAAGUAUACUCUUUCUAUUUACAUUAAUAUUUAACAUGACUUUAUAACACCUCUACGAAAUAAACAGAAUAUUUGCUUUUCCACCGAAGAAUCGUAAAAUAUUCAUUUUUCAAAUUCUACCCCAAAAGACUUGGGGGUUAACAUUUUGAUCACAUCAGUCUCUAUUCUGUAUGUUCAUAAAAAAGUUAUUUUUCUAACUAAUAGCCUUUGUUUUUUCAUUUGAUCCGCAGAUUGUAAGUAUAUGUGUAAGUGUGCUUCUUGUGUGAUACAAUGUGCACCCAUGUGGAAGGAGAUAUUCGAGGGGACAUACAUUUUGUUUAGCUUGUGGAACUGGCUACAUGAAUAACCUCUUAUAUCUGUGUUCAUUGUGGUAAACUGAGUGGUGGGUUAGCCUAAUGAUUAUUACGAUUGCAUUUCAAAACGGAUAUGUAUGUUGCCUUCCGCGCCAUGAAAUACUAGUAUAUAUUCAUCGUUUAUGUUUUCAUCUCACGAGCUCGCUAUGUGACACUGCAUGUUUUGUGUGAAAUUUAGAGAUUGCGACUAUGGUCUCCAGGAAAACCUGCCCUUUGGACAAUAGUCCCCACCACACACCCCCUCUCCCCACCCAUAUAUAUAUGUUGAGUUGUAGAUGUAGAUCUGAAUUAAAUACUCC